UGUGAAACUCAUUGAUAUUACUAUUCAAGAGAAUGCUAAUAUUUUAACAAACAAUUCCAAUAUCCAACAAGAAGAAAACAAGGAAGGAAAACUUAUACCAAAAAAUAAUAGGCAAUAUAAAGAUGAGUAUUAUAGUUAG